GUGUGUGUGUGUGUGUGUGUGUGGAGAGAGAGAGAGACAUAGACUGAGCCCCUAACACGGAGCAUGCCUCUGCGUCCGGCAGCCGGCAAACAUGAGCCACCCAGCCCUCCACGGCAGGACCAGCAGCAGCAGCAGCACACACACUCACACACACUCACACAACCUCACACACACACAGCAAACGGCAGCCGGGGGGCCAGCACUGACAGCAGCAGCUCCCGGGAAGAGGACAGCGGCGUUCCUGUUCCUGUCGGUGUUCCGGCUUUCUGUCCCGGUGCACAGCGGAGCCACAGUGCAAGAGCACCCAUGGAAGAACCCACGGGCAAUACUGUGGUCAUCCGCAUUGGAAUCCCAGACCUACAACAGACGAAAUGUAUGAAAUUCAAUGUGGAUGUUCCUAUCUGGCUGUCCAAGCAGCGAAUCCUGUGCACUCUUAACCACAGCUUGAAGGAUGUCCUCAACUAUGGCCUAUUCCAGCCGGCUUAUAAUGGCAAGGCUGGCAAAUUUCUGGAUGAGGAGAGACAGCUAAGGGAAUACCCCUUCCCAUCCAUCGCCCCUGUACCUUACCUGGAGUUCCGCUAUAAAAGACGUGUUUACACUCAGACUCACCUGGAUGAAAAGCAGCUCUCAAAGCUCCACACCAAGGCAAACUUGAAGAAGUUUAUGGAGUAUGUGCAGCAGAGAAACAUUGAAAAGGUUUCAAGGUUCCUGGAGAAAGGCCUGGACCCAAACUUCCAUGAUCCAGACACAGGAGAAUGUCCUUUAACACUGGCGGCACAGCUGGAGGGAUGUGCAGAUCUCAUCAAGGUGCUGAAGAGUGGAGGGGCACAUGUGGACUUCAGAACAAAGGAUGGCAUUACUGCUUUACACAAGUCUGUGCGCAGCAAGAACCAUACAGCGCUUAUAACGCUGUUGGACUUGGGCGCAUCACCUGACUAUAAAGACAGUAGGGGGUUGACUCCUCUGUACCACAGCUCGAUGGUCGGAGGAGACCCCUACUGCUGUGAGCUGCUGCUGCACGAUCAUGCCCAGGUCGGCUGUGUGGAUGAGAAUGGCUGGCAGGAGAUACACCAGGCAUGCCGCUAUGGCCAUGUGCAGCACCUGGAACAUCUGCUGUUCUACGGAGCCGACAUGAGUGCUCAGAAUGCAUCUGGAAACACUGCGCUGCACGUGUGUGCUCUCUACAACCAGGAUAGCUGUACGCGAGUGCUCCUGUUCCGAGGGGCCAAUAAAGAGAUGAAGAACUACAACAGCCAGACUGCCUUUCAGGUGGCUAUCAUCGCAGGAAACUUUGAUCUGGCUGAAAUCAUAAAAGUCCACAAAGUAUCAGACGUUGUACCUUUCAGGGAGACCCCCUCCUACACCAGCCGUCGCCGGAUGAUUGCUGGCCCCCUGCCCUCGCCACGUUCCUUGCUCCGAUCCGCGAGUGACAACAAUCUGAACGGGGACCACGAUCACAUCCACAGUCAGGCCCCCCGAGAAAUUCGCGGCCGCCAGGGUCACUCCCCUGUCCCCUCACUGCGCAGUCUGCCAGCUUUCGGGCAGCAACACAGCAGCUUCGGAGAGAGCCGUCAUGGCGAGAUGCCUGAGAGCAGUCUCCAGAGUACCGGCAGCUCCAGAUCCUCCCAUUCACGUUCGCCUUCACUACACCACAUGCAUGAAGAGGACAAGCCGAUUCCCAGAAGGUCCCACAGCCACGGCUACCCUCAUGGACACGGCCCUCGUGGAAGACUCAGCCCCGGCUCAGUGCAGCGAGAUCCAAGCCCCCCUCAUCACACACCUCCAGCACUGACAGGCCCCCGUGGGCCCAAACGGAAACUCUACAGUGCCGUCCCAGGACGUACCUUCAUCGUGGUCAAGCCUUACACGCCACAGGGGGAGGGAGAAAUCCAACUCAACCGUGGAGAGAGGGUCAAAGUGCUGAGUAUCGGAGAAGGAGGUUUCUGGGAGGGCACGGUUAAAGGAAGGACCGGAUGGUUUCCAGCAGACUGUGUGGAAGAAGUUCAGAUGAGGCAGUUUGACCCUCGGCUGGAGACUCGGGAAGACCGCACCAAGAGACUGUUCAGACACUACACUGUGGGAUCCUACGACAACUUCACCUCAUACAGUGACUAUAUCAUAGAGGAGAAGAAUGCUGUUUUGCCGAAAAAAGAAAAUGAAGGAUUCGGCUUUGUCUUGCGAGGAGCCAAAGCUGAGACGCCCAUUGAAGAGUUCACUCCGACCCCAGCAUUCCCUGCCCUGCAGUACCUGGAGUCUGUGGAUGUGGAGGGAGUGGCCUGGAGGGCUGGUCUGAGGACAGGAGACUUCCUCAUUGAGGUAAAUGGGGUGAAUGUAGUGAAGGUGGGCCACAAGCAGGUGGUGUCCUUGAUCCGGCAAGGGGGCAACAGGCUGCUGAUGAAGGUGGUGUCUGUCACACGCAAACCCGAGUCUGAGGAAGUCAUUCGUAAGAAAGCUCCCCCACCACCCAAGAGAGCUCCUAGCACCACCCUGACACUGCGCUCCAAGUCCAUGACCGCUGAGCUCGAGGAACUGGAGAGACUAGACGAGAUGUUGGCAUCCCAAGAGUCUAUGUUACGUUCUCAGCCCUCAGAGGCAGAUUACAGAGCAGCCACUGUCAAACAACGGCCUACCAGCAGGAGAAUAACACCAGCAGAGAUCAGUUCACUGUUUGAGAGACAGGGGAUGACUCUACAUGGAGGUCUUCACCCAGGCAUGGAGAGAGGUCACAUACCACUACCAAAGGGGAUGUCCAGGACCAAGUCUUUUGGUGCCACUGAGGAGGAUCGACUGUCUGCCCUGGCAGGCGAGCACCGAUUUCCCCGUAGUUCCUCUAUGACAGACAGCCUCCGAGACCACUCGCAGCCCCAUCCUAUCCCGCCACCUCCACAGACAGCACCUCCCCCUCCUCCUUACUACCUAGACACUGGUCCUCCCCCAGCCUUUUGCCCCCCUCCUCCCCCAUCUAGGACUCAAAGUCAGGGCCAUGAGCCUGGAGGACGCUCCAGCUUCAAGCCCACCUCAUUGGACCUGCCUUACGAGGCCGCUCAGCGGCAGGCCACACACUUAGAGAGACAGAAAAAAGCCCGCUCCAUGAUCAUCCUCCAGGACUCUUCCCAUCUGCCCGUAGAACCUACAGAAAUCCCCAGACCCUCUGCUGCUACUCCACCUGAGCGCAUCAAAAGGAAGGGUCGGGUUAUUGACAACCCCUAUGCUAAUGUGGGUCAAUUUAGUAUUGGACUGUACACACCUACCAAGCCCCAGAGGAAGAAAAGUCCCCUGGUAAAACAACUACAGGUGGAAGAUGCACAAGAAAAAGCUAGUUUGGCCUUAGCUGCUGCCCACUCCCGAGACAGCUCACCCUCAGGACGACACCAAUAUACCCAUGGGCACACCCACACCAGCCGUGCAGACUACUACCAGCAGCAGCUGAUGGCAGAGCGAGAACGUUUGCGUGCCCAGGGAGAGAUGAUGUUUCAGGGUAAGGGCCCCUUUGCUGCAGCAAUCGCUGGAGCAGUAAAAGAUCGUGAGCGCCGCCUAGAAGAACGGAGGAAAUCUACAGUCUUCCUUUCUGUUGGUACCAUGGAGGGGGCAUCUUCCACCAGCUGCGAUGCCCCCUCUCUGACUCAGUCUCACUCCAUCGAUGAGCGAUUGCUCACCAGAGAGCUGGGUCACCUGCCUCCGCCUGCCUUGGCCCUGAGCCCCUCACCUACUGGGACCACUUUCAUUCAUCCGCUCACAGGAAAACCCCUGGACCCAAACUCACCACUUGCUCUUGCGCUGGCCGCAAGGGAGAGGGCACUGACCCAGUCCCCAACUAGCAGCCCAGAGCCUAGGACUAAACAGGAGCGGGUAGGCCAGGGCUUAAUAUUCAUUGACGCUCAGACCAAAGAGUCUCCACAUGAAGGGGCACCUACAUCUCCCCCUUACUCUCCCAAAAACACCAAGGCAGCAGGUUAUGGAGUUGGAUCCUCCCCAGCAUCCAUUUUAGUUCACCAGCCCACUAAACAGUGGGCCCCAUCACAGUCACCUGUAUCGUUCCGGCAGGAGAUGGAGGCCAGAGUAGAGGAGAGAAAGGAGGAGAAGAGACUAGAGGAUAAAAAAAGUAUGUUGAUCAGUAUUAUGGAUACAUCGCAGCAGAAGACAGCAGGACUCAUUAUGGUUCAUGCCACCAGUAAUGGCCAGGCUGUUGGGGUAGGCUCAGAAAUAGAACAGACCCCUGCCCCUGCCUCAAUUGAGCCCAGCAAAUCUCCAAGUCCACGGGCUAAAUCUCCCAGUCCCACAGCCUCCCAGCCCAAGGUCCUGCCUCCAACUCAGCGUCCUGCAAGUCCUGCCCAAGAGAAGAAUCUGGCUCAGGGAAGCUCUGAGGAGGAUGUGGAUCCGUACACAGUGACCCUGCCUCCUGUAAUUUUGUCCUCAAGUGAUGAGGAAACAAGAGAGGAGCUACGGAAGAUUGGAGUUGUUCCUCCACCAGAUGAGUUUGCUAAUGGGCUACUGGCAAGGGCAAAGGAGACUCCAGUGUCCCCAGCUAAACCUGCCACCCCUCCCACAGCCCCUGCAAUACCAACAUCCCAAUCUCCCUCUACCCCAACAACCCCAACUGUGACCCCCACCCAGCAUCAGGCUCCCAAGCCCCCACCACCACCCAGUGCAGCAGCUGUCUCAGGGAAGACCUCUUACCCUCGGGAGCCCCCACCGGUGGGAGAGUCUGGCUCUGCAGCCGACUCAGGCGUGGAGGAGGCUGACACGCGCAGCUCAAGUGACAGAGAGCGAGACCACCAUCUCGAGACCACCAGCACCGUCUCCACAGUUUCCAGCAUGUCCACGUUGUCCUCAGAAAGCGGCGAGCCUGCCGACACUCACACCACACACACCUCCUAUGCCGAAGGACAGACUUUUGUGCUCGACAAGCCGCCAGUGCCUCCUAAGCCUCGACUUAAGUCCCAGAUAGGUGGCAGUAGAGGCCCUGUCACCUUCAGGGACCCUCUGCUAAAGCAGAGCUCUGACAGCGAGCUGCUGUCACAGCAACAGGCUGCUGCCUUGGCUGCUGCUGCGGCGGGAGGAGCUGGGCUCCCUUUUGGUGGUUCAGCCUCAGUGACUGGACUAGGUCCCACCAAGCCGCGCUACCUCUUUCAGCGGAGGUCCAAGCUAUGGGGGGACCCAGUGGAGCCCCGUGGGCCAGGAGUGGGGCUAGGUAUUGGGAGUUUGGGUAAUCUUGGUGGGCUCGGACUGGGGCUGGGUGCAGAUGAGGGAGCAAAACCAUCUGUUAUAGGGGAGCUCAGUUCACGACUCCAGCAGCUAAAUAAAGACACUAGGUCACUAGGAGAGGAACCACUGGGCGCAUCACUUGACCCAGGGAGAAGGUCACCUGUGGCAGGUUCCAGACUUUUCAGCAGCCUAGGCGAGCUCCACACCAUUUCUCAACGAAGUUAUGGCACCACAUUCACCAUCCGCCCUGGUGGCCGUUACCCCGUCACCCGACGCACCCUCAGCCCAGGUUCAGGCUCGCCUGAUCGGGGCGACCCUCUUGGAAGAUUUUCAGGCUACGGCCUGCCCCCCUCACCAACAACACCACCGCAAACCAUCCUCAAAUCAUCCAGCCUCAGCCUGCCCCAGGAGCCUAAAGAGGUCCGCUUUGUCAUGAGGAGCUCCAGCGCCCGUGCCCGCUCUCGCUCCCCUUCCCCGUCUCCCUCCCAUUCACCAAUGCUGGGGUCCCCACUUUUAGCCCUGCGGCCCUUCCACCAAAAACCCCUCCACCUCUGGAACAAGUACGACGUCGGAGACUGGCUGGAUAGCAUCAACCUGGGUGAGCACAGAGCAGGGUUUCAGGAACACGAGAUCGAAGGCUCUCAUCUUCCAGCUCUGACAAAGGACGACUUUGCAGAACUGGGAGUGACACGAGUAGGACAUCGCAUGAACAUUGAACGAGCACUGAAACUGCUGCUGGAGAGCUGACCCCUGCCUGGGGACAGAGCAACAGUUGGAGAGGAAGAUUCGGAUUGAACUGGGAAGAUACAGAGCUAAUGAAAAGACAGAAAAGAGAACAAAUAAUUACCGCUCCUCUUUUACUCUGGCUGCUUUUAUUUUCUGCAUCACUAAUGUUUACUUAUGGUCCUUAGUGACACUUUUCCUCCCCAUCCUGCAUAAAUACCCUGCACCUGGCACUGCACUGAAGACGAGGAGUCAACACUCUACUCGGCCCUUUCUAUCUGCCCAACUCCUCGCCCGCAGCCAAUCAGAUCAGUCUUCGAAAUGGGCUGUGGUGUUUCUUUGCCGAGCAGAAUAACAUGAGCUCCAAUUUAGCAUUUGAUUUGUGAAAGCUUCAAAUGGUCCCUGACUAACACCCACGCGUUCUCUGUCCCUGUUCCCUCCUCUCCUUCUCUACCUCUAUCCCGCCAUCCACCAGGCCUCGGAAGGCCUUCGCAGUUUGAGUAAAGGAGGAGGAGGAAGAGAUUUUGUUCCAAACACAGAGCUCAGUUGCCUUUCAAAUAAUUUCUACAGAGAUCAACAGUGAUGAACACGGGACUAAGGACGUAGUGUUGACACAGCUCUGACGAGGUGUGUCGUCUCUAUAACCUGUUGUUUUUAAACCGAAGACUUUCGAGCCCAGAGGUGGAGCUCCACCAAGUGAACCACGGGAGAAAACCCCUCCGCCUUGGUAUCCAGACUGUGCUAUCUAUUAUAUUUGGAGAAUGUUUAACCAACACUCGUGGCUUUUUUCAUAAUCAAUUUCUUGGUUUUUCCAAAGGGAAUAUUAUAUAUAGGUAUUAUAUAAUAUGAUAUAUAUGUAUCUAAAUAUAGCUUUCAGAAGAAAAGACAAUGUUGCAAAGAGGAAAUGUAAUAAAUUAAUCUUCGCCUGUUUUUGGUUUUUAGUAUAGAGGGCAAAGAGAAAUCUUUAAAUUUAUUCCACCAAUAGUUUACUCAUUUCUACCAAUUAUAUACAUAUAUAUAAAUAUAUAUAUUUGAAAGAAAAAAGUAUAUAGAUAUGGAAAUGAAUUUUUUUGUCAUAGGUAUACAAUUUUCCUUAUGGUCACCCUAUCUUGAACCGUAGCAUGACGAGUUGCAUCAUGGUCUUGAACAGAGAGUUUGUCGUUUGUUUUUAUUUUUCUUACAGUCUUCCUUCAUACUAAAGGGCAUCCCGUAAUGUGAGGCUGAGGCCGCAGGUGACACCCAUCCCCCCCGCCUCGUCUUCUACAGAGCUCACCAGCGUCUCGGAUUUAUCCAACUGAUUAGACGGGGGGGGGUCUUCAUCUUAUGCCUGUUAAUCACUCAGGGAUGGAAGUUUGGGGCACUAGCAUGGAGAGGUUGUUGGCUGUUUUAUCAUCAUUUCAAAUUCUUACCUGCAAGGACAUUUUAAUACCACAGCAUUGUGAAAAACGUUAGACGGCUAGUGAAGAAAUUUCCAUCCCUGCGACCCCUGAGGCUGCUUCUCAGACUGAGCUGCACGAGGUCUGAAAGCAGGUCAGGAAAAGGCAACAUUGGGGGUUUUCUCAUCAACUGCAGAGAGGAAAUGACCGCGGCCGAACGGCAAAAAUCUUUUAAAGAUUUCAUUUUCCUAGAUAAGGGAACCAGUUAAGUGUGUGAACAUGAAUAAAUUAAGCUUAAAUGUAUUAUUUCCCUUAAAAUCUAACCAACAGAAACUUGCCACACAAGGGCUUAAAUGACCUGGACGCUGGAUAUGUGUCUGUGGCUCACCAGGCCCUGGGGAUGGGAACACUUCUGUAAGGUCUUAAAGAAAAUUCAGUAUUUUUACAACCUGGCAAUGUCUUGCUACAUCGCUGCUUCUCUGUAUCUCUGCAAUUUACUUAGUGAGUAAAAUAUUAUCAUUAACAGCAGCAGCCAGAACUUUUAACAUAAGACCCAGGUUGUAAAUGCAAAAAGAAAAGAAAAAAUGGAACAAAAACUGAAUUUUCCUUUAACAAUAUAAAAUCUAUAAUUGUACUAGAGUAGCUUCUGCUGGCAGUGAGAAACAGUGAGUUUUAUUCACGACAACAACAAAGCAUUUUGUCCAUUUUCUUUAUUACCACAAAACAACCUCCAUACAGCAGCAGGACGCCACGGCAACCCUUCCUGGUGGUGAGUUGUGUACAUUUAUCUUUUCUCUUCUUUUGAACAGUUUUUAAAAGCAGGUGGUGAAUAUUACGUGGUAUCUGGGUUGUAGGAAUAGCACUCACUGCCUCACUGUGACCUCACUGAUUAUUUUAAUUUCUGACUCCAGUGUUUCGUCCUCAAACUCAUUUGGACUUUUUUUUUUGUUAAGGGUUGUUUGAUUAUUAUUUUUUUGUGUGUUGAUUUGUUACCCUCAGACACUGGGGGUCGAUUUUGUAGCGUGUGAAACAUGAUACUUAAAUUUCUUCACUCAUUUGAACUCUAGAGUGACAGACAAAGAAAAAACUGAUAUCCUGUCCAUUCUAAACAUACUUACACUUGUAAAAAUGAAAAACUACAAAUGUUUCUCUUUUUUUUUUUUAAAGAUCACAAGCAAUGUAUAUACGAUAGAUUUCAUAUAAAUUUUUGAAAAACAAAAAGUAUAUAGAUCUAUAUAUGAAUGUUUGGCAUAUAUGCAUAGUUAAUCACCUGUGGAAAAGGUGAGCAGAUUUUAUUCUUUCUAUGAACUCUUGAACUUUUGAACUCUGAACUAUGAACUAGGGGAUGAUUUGCACAAAACAAGGUGACAAGGUGCUAACAUUAAAAGCCACCCCAUCGUUCAACUGAUGCAUGCAUCUGGAUUCCCUGAAUCUGUGUGUGUGUGCGGUCGCUCCUCCUCAGCGUGUUUACAGCUGUGUGUAUGUGUGCAGAUGCAUGUCCAUUUUGUGUGUGUGUGUGAGAGUGUCGAUGAUGAAACACAUAUGACAGUGAGAGAGUGUGUGGUUGAUUACUAGGGUUUACAUCACUGAAGUUAGUCCACUAUAGCCUUACUGUGAUACGAUCAGAGAUUCCUGGCAGUGGCUGUGUCACACAAACACGCACACAGACAAUAGGUGCACACAUAUACAGAACAAUGCACACACUCACCUUUGACUCCAGGUCGAACAUAAAUGUUUUCUUGUUUUGUUCUGAGCGGCAUCUUCAGACGUGGACUGUCCUGCCCCAGAGGAAGGGAGAGGCAGAGAGAGGGAGCGCGAUCACCCUGGGGAUACUGAAUGAAACCAUUAACAUUUUCUACUGUAACUCACCUUGGAAGUGUGUAGCUGAAGCCUGCGCACAGUCACUGUUUUGUACGCCCAUUCCCAGAUGGCAUUUGCGCUCCUUACCCUCCACUCUGUCUGGCAGAACUCCUUUUUCCUUUUUCAGACAUUGGGUUUCUGAGUUUUUUUGGGUUAUGCUAUAUGAGGUGACCCAGUGAGGAGGAAACGACACAAAGAAAAAAAAUGUGCCAAAAAAUAAACUUUUAACUGUACAUUUGUCUUUGCUUUAGGACUAUCUUAGUUACAGCAUUCUUGAGCUGUUAGACUCAAUAAUAUGGUGCCAUCUCCUGGAAAUCUUGAGAACUACAGACAUUUGUGAGAUCCUUCAGUAUUUCCGACAGGUGGAAAUACAGUCAUUGUUAUUCUUUUGUGAAGAUGCAGGAUAUAUGUAUAUAUGAUAUAUUUAUAUAUACACAUGUAUCCUGCGUUUAUCUUACCUGUGAGCUUUGCAACAACAUGGUUUAUAUUUAACAUUUGAGACAAAGUAUCACAACUGCUUGAUUUUACUGUGAUGAUGAAGGUUAUUAUCUGGCUUGGCUUACUGUUCCCCUAUAAAUACAAAGAGAUGACGUGUGCAGUCUGGACUCGCACAGGCUGAUGUGCUGAGGAGCAACAAUGCUGUAGUGAAUACCUGGUUGGGUUGUUGUGUAAGUUUACCAAAUUCCCAGAUGCAAAAUGAGCAGCGUGUAAAAGACUUACACGUCAUUAGGUCAAAUAAGUGCAGCGAGGGGUUUAUCUUUGUCUUAUUUUCUAAUCAACAAAGCACAAUCUACAAAGUGUAGGGGGAGCAGUUUUUAAAAACCCACUGGGCUCCGGUCACUCACCGGAAACCAGUGAUCUUAUCAUGAAAGGGGUUUUUUCUUUCAUUGUUGGUUUUCUCCUUGUUUGCACUGUGAAGUUUAGAAUGGUGGACGUAUCGCUGCAACACCUCAGCCUUGUCUCACAGGGGUCACGUCCCCUUCUCGGCAUCUGACGAGCGGGAAAAUCCUCAAACUACUCUCCAAGCGAGUGAUGCAUACAGCGUUACUGAUACGAUUUUAAUAUGCGAAAAACCCAAGUUGAACCGAGAGCACGCAAGAAGCUACCUAGUAAUACUCCAAGAAAGGGUGACAGUGAAGUCUGAGGCAAGAUCUGAGAUGUUGCCCAGGAUAUCUCCACCACAGAGAUAUAUGUUUGUUAUAUUAUGUAAUAAAUUUAUAAUUAAAACAUGA